AUGGCGUUUUUACAUUCUCACUCAACGAAAUGCAUGUCCAGCGAGAUGGAUCUUUUCACGCUUCCAGCCACCCAAACGUCCAUUGAACGCAGCAGAUUUCUGCAUUAUAAGCCUGUGUCGUCUCUUAGCGACGAUGUCGACGCACCAUUGGAAUUUGUCGUGCCCGCAGUUAGCGAGCAUUACUUUGAUCUGGCUCAGACUAUGCUUCAUGUUCAAACUAAAAUCGUAUCCGCUGACGAGGCUACCGCAACGACCGAAGACCUUAAAGUCGGACCGAUCAACAAUUUCAUGCAUUCAAUGUUCAAUCAGAUUGACGUUUUUUUCAAUCAGAAAAUUGUUUCCAGAGCGUACAUCGAGACGCUUCUCAACUACGCUCCGACUACUAAAGAGUCACAUCUUACAGCGAGUCUGUGGUACGACGACACGAGCAGCGGUUUCGAUUCGCCAGCUAAUGCGGUGAGCACUGCCACAGCACCUAUGAUCGUGAACAAAGGGCUGGAAAAUCGCAAAUAUUUUACACAGAAUCGACGAUACUUUGACAUGAUUGGACAUCUACAUGACGACCUCUUUAAUCAGGAUAAAAUGCUGAUUAAUGGCGUAGAAAUGCGCGUACGUCUAGUGAGGAGUAAGGAAGCUUUUUGUCUGAUGGACGCGACAGCCGAUGAAAACUUCAAACUCAGCAUCAAAGAAGCUACACUCAUAGUUCGCAGAGUAAAAAUCAGUCCUGGAGUUUUACUAGCUCAUGCACAAGCGUUAUCGAAAACCACGUCUAAAUAUCCCAUAACGAGAGUCGAAGUUAAGUCGUUUACUCUUCACUUGGGAAUAUUCGGCGAUUCGAUCGACAACGUUAUACACGGUCAGCUGCCGAAGAGAAUAAUCUUGGGCUUUGUGGAAAACAAAGCAUUCAACGGCAACCGUCUCGACAAAUUCUACAUUGACGGUUUUCAAACACUUUACAAGGGCACAGGCGUGCAUUUUCUCAACGAAGGUUUUGGCAUCAAUCGCUACAACUAUUACAAAGGCAAUUUUUUGACGGCCUUCGAUCUCACUUCUGAUUUAUCGGCACACUUUGCCACACAUUGGAAUCUCGUGCACUCGGGUAGCAUACGUAUAGAAGUGAGAUUUGAGACGGCUCUUCUCACUGCUAUCAACUUUAUCGUUUACGCAGAGUACGACAACGUUCUGGAAAUCGACUGUAGUCGCUAA